CCAUUAGAAUGGAUUCUUACCUCGUUAUAUGCAAGCUCGCCAACGGCUACGCAACAUAGUCAUCAUUUGACUCUGCUAACCUGGCACCAAGUGCACUUGAAGGAAUACUUGUGGCUAAAAAAUGUCAAUUCAUUACUAUUUGCCAUGUUCGUGGCCCUGUUCUUGAUACCAAAGUUCCCACUGGCACUUCAGCUUGCUUUCUGAGUGCUUGAAGCCGAGCAGUCUUCGAGGCACCCGCGGGCCUGGUUGAGGCUGUGUCGCUAUUUGUCCCAGGCCUGCGGAGCAAAUAGCGGCCAAAAAUUAGACACGAGCUAUUCGCGACGUUUACACCUUACCACCAUGACGGCGCUCACCCAAAAUCUUCCACCUUUCGUGCGCGACUUGGGAGUCUCGAUUAUUGGGCAGGAAUGCUACACGUCAUUGAUAGAGAAUUUGGACUUCAAUAACGUUGAAUGCAUUAAAUACUCCCUCUCCAAAGGCGUAGGCCUUGGAAUUGUUGUUGGAGGAUCGAUUGUGAAGGUGCCUCAGAUUAUUUUGGUCUUGAAAUCGCAUUCUGCUCAAGGCCUGUCGCUCGGGUCAUACAUCCUCGAGACGCUGUCGUACUGCAUAAAUCUUCUAUACUCAUUCAGGAAUGACUUCCCUUUCUCAACGUAUGGCGAGAAUCUCUUCUUGACCAUUCAAAACGCCCUCAUCACCCAACUCAUCGUGUUCUACUCCCCUGACUCUCAAGGAAGGGUAACCCUUGUCUCGGCGGGGUUGACUGUGUUUGUUUCUACGCUUUAUUCCCUACCUACUGAGAUCCUCUCCUACCUCCAAAUCGCCACUCUUCCGCUAUCGUUGUUCGCGAAAAUUCCCCAAAUAACGCAAAAUUACCGAUCGAAGAGUACGGGCCAGCUCAGUGCAUUCGCAGUGAUAGCUCAGAUCCUGGGAUGCGUCGCUAGACUGUUUACAACGACGCAAGAAGUGGGUGACCCCGUGGUCUUGACCGGCUUUGCGCUGGCCCUCGUGCUAAAUGGUGUGUUGGGCGCCCAGUUGUGGAUGUACUGGGGCGCACAAGCGAAAAAGGUUGAGAAGAAAGUGCCUGAGCCGGUGAAGGAAGAAGAGGUCAUGACGGAGGUGAAAGAGAAGGUGCAAGCCUAUGAGCAACCGCCUCCUCGUCCGCAGACACCACCCCGUCCUCACACACCGACGUAUAGGACUGGGACACCACCACCAUCAGGUGGUAGGAAAUGGUCACGGAAAUUGGAUUAGUCCUUCGCAUUUUACAAUAUUUUAUGUUUGAUUAGUAGUUGUUCACUAUAUUUAUUUACUUAUCCUGAAGGUGGACGUCCGCGUCAUCAACCAAGGCU